AUGCAAUUCUUGAAAAUCGCCUUCCUCGCUAUGAUCAGCGUCGUUUCUGUCGCCGCGCGCCCAGCCCCUCAAGAGUGUUCAGGAGAACAAAGCGGCAUAUGCAAUGUUGUAUGCAGUCAAAUGGGCAUCAACACUGGUGGUACCUGCGACUCCAACGGCCAAUGCAGAUGCUCGGCCUAG